UUAUUAAGGUUAGGUCGCUUUUAUAGUUUGUUUAUUUAUUAGAAAAAUUCGAAAAAUAUGAGCGAAAAUUCAAAAAUAUGCUGUAUUUGUCUACAAGAAUGUAUGUACCUGCUCACUUUGAGUGAAGAUGGUUUUAGUGAAAGCAUUAGGAAUAUUGAGAAAUUGCAGGCUUGCCUUCCCAACCAGCAUUGGGAGGCAAUUUUCAACAUUUGCCAUGAGUGCAUUAGUAAACUGGACAGUGCAUACAGCUUCAUCCAGUUGUGCUUAAGAAGCGAGGAAUAUAGAACUCUCCAAAUCCAGAAGUUGACUUGUCCAGCUGAUAUCGAGUCUGAAUUUACAUGUUAUGAAUGCAACAAAUCAUUUAGAUUAAAGAGAACGUUGAGUUUGCAUAUAACCAGGAUUCACACCAACCCAAAAAAGAAUUCGAAAAGAAAACUUUCAACGCUCACCGAACAAACAGAGGCGCACGGUGUGGAGGAUAAUAAGUAUAAUGUGAAAGCAGAGGAAGCAGGGAAUGACAUAAAAUUUGAGCUUGAAACCGCAGUAAAGACUGACGAUAAUUUUAAAACCGAAUCAAUACCUCACGCUGCCCAGACUGAUAGUGAUUUUGACGAUUUCAACGACUUUAACAACUACUCUAGCGAUGAAAACGUGGUCGUUAAAGAGAAGAAAUUGUAUACAGGCAAGAAAAGGGGCCCAAAACUCAAAGCUCCACAAAAGUGCCAAUAUUGCGAGUUGGAGUUCACUAGAUCAGACAGAUACGUGCACCAUGUAAGGUCAAAACACACAUUUGAAAAGCCAUUCAAAUGCGACAUUUGUGAUGCUAAGUAUUACAGCCAACAUAAUCUUAAUAUUCAUCUGCGGAAGCAUCGAAAUGAGAAGCCAUUUGUUUGCUCGGUUUGCGGGAAAUGCUUCAUAUCUUCGAACGACUUGUGGCAACAUAACAAGAUCCAUGAUGAAGUCAGACAGUAUGCCUGUGAUGAAUGUGAGAAAAGCUUUAAGACUCAUAGUAACUUAAGAACGCAUAAGCUACAAAUGCACCAAGAUCCAGGCAUGUGGAAGUACGUUUGCACUGUUUGUGGCAAAAAAUUCCCCUUGAACAACAACCUUAUUAAGCACAUGAGGCGACAUGAAGGCAUAAAAGACUUCGAGUGCCAUUUAUGCGAAAAAAAAUUUGUGGAAAAAAUCGACCUACAAUCGCAUCUUCUAAGCCAUUCCAACGAGCGCAAUUUUAAAUGCCAUGUCUGCUUCAAGCAGUACAAGAAGCGAGAGACGUUGAGACGGCAUUUGAAGAUUGAGCACAAUUUAGGCAAUUUUGUGGUGAAAAAGCCGGAAAAAAAGCUGGGCUGUCCAAUGUGUCCGAAGAUUUUUGCGUUUAAAAACAAGUUGCAACGACACAUUUUAACGCACACCGGCGAAAAACCGUAUAAAUGUACAGUGUGCGACAAGAGAUUUCGUGAUAAUUAUGAUAGAAAUACCCAUCUUAGGCAGGUGCAUAAUAUCGAACCCAAGGAUGGUCCUAAGAUGGAUAUUGAGUAAUUGUUGAAUUUAUCCAACACAACGUGCAGUGUAUUUCUGGAAGUUUUCAGGCUAAUUGACGUGUUUUAUGGACUGGUUUUGGGUGCUAAUCGUCAGAAAACGCGUAAAAUAUAAAUGCCUGAAAGUGUUCAUUUAAAAAAAAAUACGGAAAUUGUACUUUCUAUAUUUUUUUAUCUGUACGUACAUGUAACGUGCUGAUCGAUUUCCUACAUACACAUUAGGUAGGUUUUUGUCGAUUUUUUUACAUUCUCAAAGUAUUUGACUAGCGAUUGAGGCUCAGUGGAAAAAUUGGUCUUGAAUUUCACGGUUUUUUUUACAGUAUUCACACUUGAACAUUGACGGGUAAGACAGAUUUAAUUUAGAAAUUCAGAAUCAAAAAAGCUGGACAAAAGUAUUGUGCAAUCUUGAGCAGAGCGAUUGAGGCUCAAUGAGUGAAUAAAUUGGAAAAUUAGUCGCUAUUUUGCCGAACUUUAGAGAAGUUUCCAUUUAGACACCGAUGUUUAACAUAAUUUUGCUUUGAAAAAUCGUAACUCGAAAACCAAACACGCUGUUAGCUUUGGAGACGAAUCGCGAUUUUUCUCUAAUUUUAACAAAAUGCAUCAUAGAUUUAAUUCAAAAAUGUAUAAUUCAGAAUCCAAGCAAAUCUAGUCAAGCACUGUGUAGUACACUUUUCAAUAGAUUUAUUGAAGCUCUGUGAGUGAAAAGGUUGCUAAGUUAUCGGCGAUUCUCAGCCUCAAGAGAGAGCAAUUUAGACUCUCAACUGCUUUUUCCAGCUUAUACAGGAUGUUUCUGAGUGAGUUGGGAAUUUUUAGAAUUGUCUUUCUGCAUGGAAUAUACCUUUGCUUCAUAGAUUAUGUUCGAAUAACUCUUCAAAGAGAAAAAAAGAAGCGAAAGAAACCAAUGCAUGAAAUGUUACUCAAAAUACGUUUUAAAGUAUUAAGUCUGUGUGGUUCAACACAGAUUGCAGCGCUUUCAACAUUUUUGGUACAAGAAGGAUCAAUAUUUUUUAAACAUUAACUGAAUUCAGGAUUAAAACCGUUACUUUUCUCUUAUCUAUUGUUAUACAUGCGAAUACACAGCAUUUUUAUUUUAUUUUUUUGACAGAUAUCAGGAUGAGGUAUUGGGCAAACUACACAUAAACAUAUCUAAAAACAUUUAAUUUAGUCAUCUGUUUGAGUUAAUUUUUAUUGCACUUUAAACACACCCAAAAGUAUUUUUGGAAUUCAUAUUGCAAAUUAAUUAGAAAACAAAGCAGUAAAUAGACAAAACGUAAACUUGAGUAAACUCAACCUGCGUGGAACUAAGUAGUUUUACUCAUACUCACGCUCGUACAUGCGGAUUUAAUUGUUUCCGGGAUAAGAGUGCAUUGUAUUUUAAAUUGAAGAGAAAUGUUAAAUAUCUCUCAGUUCAUAUUGUUGUUACAUUGUAUAUUGGCUGUUUUAGUCAUGCUCUUACAGCGCGAGUAGAAUAACUUAUAACUUGUUUAAAAACACUGAGCGAACUUAAUCGCUUGAUUUUUUAAAUUGUGGAUCCGUACUCAUGAAUCGAUGACCUGAUGCCAACGACAUUCCAUUAGUGUACUUCUCUCACCUCCAACUGGUUACUCAAACUUACAGGUGAUUGAAAUAGAUACAACUCGGUCCUAUUAAGGCUUUAUGAUAUAUUAUAUAAAAUCGAUUUUUUUACAUUUGAAGUAGAGCUAGCUUUAAAUUAUAUAUAUCUUAGGUAUUUACAAUAGUAUGAAGAAUAAAUCACCGCAAUAA